CGGCAGUGAAGUUUUGUGAGCCGGCGAGUUCGAGUCUAGGUGGAGUCGGGAAGAUGACUCGUAAAGAGUUAUACUGGAAAUAAGACUUACGGGUCUUGUCGUUUGUUCGCUUUGGUUUUCCUUCGUUCUCUUUUGUCGAUUUGAACUUAUUUUAGCUCAGUGUUCGGACGCAGCGUUGCUUCAUUCUGAGUCGGAAGAGUUUGGUAGAAACUUUGCUAGCCGCCGCCUCCUCAGCUAGUAAUUAAUCUAUUAUUUUUCUCCGGUUUAAUCAUGCCGCCGGUAGAGACCGACACCGCUCAGGUCAAAGCUCGGAUACAGGAGCUCGUCGACAACAAUCUUGUCGUGAUUUUCAGCAAAUCCUUCUGUCCCUACUGUAAAAAGGUGAAGGAGCUCUUUAAAGAGUUAAAUGUGGAAUGUGAAGCUUUGGAACUGGAUCUGAUUGCGAAUGGUUCCAGCUACCAGGAUGUGCUGAUGGAGAUGACUGGACAGAAAACCGUCCCCAAUGUCUUUGUCAACAAGACGCAUGUUGGAGGCUGCGACAAAACCAUGCAGGCGUAUAAAGAUGGUCACCUACAGCAGCUGCUGGGAGCGGAGAGCCAAGCGUAUGACUAUGACCUCAUUGUGAUAGGAGGUGGUUCUGGAGGUCUGGCCUGUUCAAAGGAAGCAGCUGCCUUGGGGAAGAGGGUCAUGGUUCUGGAUUAUGUUGUCCCCACACCUUUGGGCACAUCUUGGGGUCUUGGUGGCACAUGUGUGAAUGUGGGCUGUAUUCCCAAGAAGUUGAUGCAUCAGACUGCCCUACUGCGCACUGCUCUGGAGGAUGCUCGCAAAUUUGGUUGGGAGUUUAGUGAGGCAGUAAGUCAUAAAUGGGAAACAAUGAAGGAUGCCGUGAAUAACUACAUCGGCUCUUUGAACUGGGGCUACAGAGUCGCCUUACGUGACAAAAAUGUCAACUAUGUAAAUGCUUAUGCAGAGUUUGUGGAGCCACACAAAAUCAAGGCCACAAAUAAGCGAGGCAAAGAGACCUUCUACACUGCAGCCACGUUUGUGCUGGCAACAGGAGAGCGGCCACGUUACCUGGGCAUCCCUGGAGACAAAGAAUACUGCAUCACCAGCGAUGAUCUGUUCUACUUGUCCUACUGUCCUGGUAAGACUCUAGUGAUCGGAGCAUCGUAUGUGGCUCUGGAGUGUGGAGGAUUUCUGGCAGGUCUGGGGCUUGAUGUCACCAUAAUGGUGCGCUCUAUUCUGCUGAGAGGCUUUGACCAGGAUAUGGCCAACCGUGCAGGGGACCACAUGGAGACACAUGGGGUCAAAUUCCUUAGGAAGUUUGUCCCUGUUAAGGUAGAGCAACUUGAGGCUGGCUCUCCAGGCAGAUUGAGAGUGACUGCCAAGUCUACAGAGACUGAUAAGAUCAUUGAAGAAGAGUAUAACACUGUACUGAUAGCUGUGGGUCGUGAUGCUUGUACAGGAACUAUAGGUCUAGACAAGGCUGGGGUGAUUGUCAACCCAAAGAAUGGGAAGAUCCCAGUGAAUGAUGGAGAGCAGACAAACAUUCCACACAUCUACGCUAUCGGGGAUAUCCUUGAGGACAAGUGGGAGCUGACUCCUGUGGCUAUUCAGGCUGGAAGACUGCUGGCUCGAAGGCUGUAUUCAGGUUCCUCUGUGAAGUGUGACUAUGUGAAUGUUCCCACCACUGUAUUCACACCUCUGGAGUAUGGUAGCUGCGGUCUUUCUGAGGAAAAGGCUAUAGAGCUUUAUGGAGAGGAAAACCUGGAGAUUUUUCACAGUCUGUUUUGGCCUCUGGAGUGCACCAUACCUGGCAGAGACAACAACAGAUGCUAUGCCAAGAUCAUUUGCAACAAGUUUGACAAUGAACGUGUCAUAGGUUUUCACUACCUGGGCCCUAAUGCUGGAGAGGUGACUCAAGGCUUUGGUGUUGCCAUGAAGUGUGGAGUUACUAAGGAGCAGUUAGACAACACCAUUGGGAUACAUCCUACCUGUGCUGAGAUCUUCACCACAAUGGAAGUGACUAAGCGGUCAGGUGGUGACAUCAAACAAGCUGGUUGCUGAGGUUAAACCCUGCUUGUUUAAUAGGCUGUCCUAUAGUGUAUGAACUGGUUCACACUAGUUUAUACUGGACUCAUCCAUCCUUUUAAGACGUUUCUCAUCUUUUUUUCUCCUCUGCAUUCAAAAGAACUUUUCCUAUUAGAUUCCUAGCUUUUGAGCUCUACUCAAGGAUAAACCAAGUCUCCAAAGAGACAGCCAACCACAGAGCAAUAAAAGAUGAAAUUGGAUAAAAGCACAAGCUUGCUUAGAGAGCACUUAAGAGUUUAAAUGUAGUAAGGAAACAUGGGUUGACUGUUGAUUCUUUAAAUUCAACUGCUGGAUAUCACUUUGAGCUUUUAGGGUUUCUCCUUAGGAGCAAGUGCCUUUAGUGGUUGCAUAUAAAGAAGCUGAGCUUAACCUGCUGCAGAGGAGAGAUGCUGAAGAAACUAAAGUCUAGUAGGACAGCCUGUUAAACAGCGGGGUUACUCUGCUGCUCCAAAUCCUCAAAAACUAAGUCAGAGAUGCUCUGGGGAGGACACAUGCUAUUGUGUUGACACUCCUAAGUGCUGUGUGACGUUUUAGCCCUUAACCUGAAUUCUGAGGUGGGCUAAGACUGAUAAUGAUCUCUGCUUAGGCCUAAGAGGUAAACACACUUUCUUGUACAAACACACACACACACUCUAGUCAACCUCAGCUCCAGGCUCAUAAGUAGGACUUUGGGUUAUCGAUUUCUCAAAACUACUGCAGUGCUGCACAAUCAUGACUGUUAGAACUGGGUCUCUGGAAAUGUGAUUAAUACAUGUAUAAGCCAGACAGAAUUACUCUUAAUGAUUUAAUCCACCAUAGCCUAGGACAUUAAUGUUAAACGUGUUUGGUAAACAUUAAAAUAUUCUGGCCUGUGUUCCCCCAAAACAGAAAAGUUAGUGGUGUGUGGUCUACAUUUUGUUUGCUUUCUAUUAUUUUGUCAUUUAUUCUUGUAUCAUUUCCAACAUUCCGUCCAUAGAUCAUUAAAUUUUUUUUUAUUUUUUUUUAUUAAACAGCCAUUUGAGAGUAAAUUGUGGUCUAAAUACAGCUCAAAACAAAACUCUAAAACAUGUUGGCAAUAUAUCUAUACAUCAGUUAAACAAUUAAAUUGAAAUUUGUGUACAUUAAAUCAUCACUGGGUUUGAUUUAAAUGCAUGCAAAUUUCAGAACUUAAUAAUUAUUUAAAAGUUGUUCAUGUCCUAACCAAAUGCCUUGUUUAUCAGCUUGGUCUCCCUGAUCAUUUUUGAACUAUACAGACCCCCUGGUUGCUGUGGACUUUAUUAUAUGUAAAUGCUGAGGUGUUGUUACUUAGCAACAAUGUCUGGUAAAUGUACAAAGCAGUGUUUCCAUGGUAUCAUUGUUUUCUGAGUAAUUGAAAAAACUUAAUAAAGUUAUGUACACUGAACCUUA